GGGUUUUGUGGUCUGAGCUGGAUUAUGUUGCUAGAACAAUCAAUCGGCCGUGGCUGGUGGGAGGGGGCAUUUUUCAUUGUUAUAGCUUCAACUACGGAAUAUGCGGGUAGAGCUCCUCAAGAUUAUUAGGGAGCUUUUUCUGCUUUUACGCAAGCAAUGCCAAGAUGUUGUCUUCAGGAGUUACCUUUCACUGGCAGUUUGUACACUUGGUGAGGGAUAAGAGCAGGGGCAAGAGUUUGGAAGAGAUUGGACAGAGAGUUGGUCAAUCAGCAAUGGUUAUACUCUCAGCAGGACACUUUGCUUCAUCACCUUAAUCGGGCUACGUCGGAUCAUUUGCCAUUGCUACUGCAUUUGCGGACUGGUACAUCAUCCUUUCCAAAGCCUUUUAAGUUUCAAUGGUUUUGCGUAUCAAGUUUUGAUUUUCUUCAAGUGGUGCGAGAUAGUUGGAGUUUGCCAGUUCAUGGAUUUGGAAUGUACUCUUUGGCAUUUAAGCUGGAGAGGCUAAAGAAUCGUUUGAAGAUUUGGAGCAAACAGCAGUUUGGUGACAUUUAACAAGCUGUAAAGCAACAUGAAUUUGGACGUUUAGCAGAAGGAAAUUCAAUAUGAAGCAGUGCCUACGGAUGAAGCAAGAAGUGCGCUCCAUUGUGCGCAAGCGCGGCUACUUUUAAGUUUGAAAAACCAGGAGGAGUUCUGGAGUCAAAAAGCUGGAGUGAAAUGGUUAAAGGAUGGUGAUUGUAAUACUAGUUUUUUCCAUGCUUCAGUUCGGGAGAAGAGGAUGAAGCUCAUGAUUCAUAAAAUCAAAGACAGUGCUGGAACUUGGAUUGAAGAUGAUGAGCAGAUUGCAGCAGAGGCUGUUAAUUUUUUCAGACACCUUUUGGCUACAGAGGAAGUUGGUGAUGUUGGCAGGUUGCUGCAAAAUAUUCCACCUCUUGUUUCUUCGGACAAUAACAUUCCAUUGCUGCAUGAGAUAACUAUGGAAGCGGUAAAAGGGGUUGUGUUUGGACUUCAUUAAGAUAGUGCCCCUGGUUUGGAUGGAUUUACUGAGUUUUUUUUCACACAUUGUUGGGAUAUUUUGGCAGAAGAUGCGUUAGCAGCGACUAGAGAUUUCAUGGCUAGAACCCCUAUCCCGAAGGGAAUUUCCAGCACUCUUAUUGUCUUAAUUCUGAAAAAAAAUUGAAUCCUUCUACAUUUGCGGACUUUCGGCCCCUUAGUUUAUGUAACUUUGUCGAUAAGAUAUUCACAAAGGUGUUGACUAACAGGUUGCGAACUUUCCUUUCCGGCCUUAUAUCACAGAAGCAAUCAGCCUUUGUUCUAGGCAGAGAUAUAUCUGAGAAUGUCCUUCUUGCGCAGGAGAUGGUGACAUUGAUUAAUAGGAAGACACGAGGCCAUAAGUGCAUUUUCAAGUUAGACAUGAUAAAGGAGUUUGAUUGGGUUUCAUGGCAGUUUCUACGGCUGUUGCCGCAAAUGUUGGGUUUUGAUAACAGAUUUAUAUUGCCCAAUAUGAAUAAUCUCUCUCAGAGCUGGUUUUCUGUACUAAUAAAUGGUUGAUCAAGGGGUUUUUUUCAAGCAUCACGUGGGAUUAAGCAGGGGGAUCCUUUGUCUCUUAUUUAUACUUGCUUCGGAAGCUCUUAGUAGGGGAUUGAAGAAGCACGUGUCGGAGGGUAGUAUUAUUCCUUCUGCAUUGCCGAGGGAAAGUUUGACUAUCACACACUUAUCCUUUGCUGAUGAUGUUGUAAUUUUUACCAGGGAGAUAGAAGAUCAGUUAGGAAUCUAAUGAGCUUUUUGGAGGUCUACCAAAAGGGGUCUAGGCAGAAGAUAGAGAAUCAGAAAAGUUUUUUUAUAACAUCGAGGGGAUGUGGUGCAGCUCAAGUACAAUUCAUUAACAAUUUGACUAGUUUUUGACAAGGUUCUUUCCCGUUCAUGUAUUGGGAUGCAAUCUCUAUCAUGGAAGGCGCAGACACAGGAUUUCUUUCAAUUUCUGGUUGAUAAGUUUGUUGCAAAAAUUGCUGGUUGGAAGAAAAAGCUUCUAUCAGAGGGUGGUCAUCUAAUUUUAUCCUCCAUUCCUUUGCAGGUUUUGUCAAUAAUGGAUCCCCCUAAAGCUGUGUCCAGGAGAUUAGAAAAGAUUAUGGCGAACUUCUUUUGGGGUGAAUAGAAUUUGCGGUGCAAAUACCAUUGGUGUGCUUGGAGGAAUUUGUCUUUUCCUACAGCUGAAGAGGGGCCCAGGUUAAGAGGCUUUGAAGGCAUACAACUUGCUUUUUGCAGGAGACUAUGGUGGAGAUUCUGAUAUGCAGGAUCCUUGCGGACUAAUUUUAUGCACUCUUGAUAUGGUGGACAUGGGAAUGCACUAGGUAGUUCCAGAGUAUGGAGACGCAUGGUCCUUGUUCAGGAGCCAUCGAGCAGUUUACUGAAGUAUUGGAUGUACAGGGAAAACAGUGGUUGGCCUGGACUUUGACGCCCUCAGGAUCGUUCAUUAUUUCGUCAUCUUGGGAUGCUUUGCGAGCUAAGCGGGUGAUUCUAGGGUCAAGAAAGUUAAUUUGGAAUCGUCGAAUCCCUUGCAAAAUUGCCAUCUUCAUGUGGAAAUUGAUGAACAGACUGCCCUCUUGCGACAUUUGUUUGGGACUAUUUUGCUCACAUGCUUCAGCUUCCGUUAAGUGUUUUCAAUGGUAUUUGCCUAGGAUUCAGCAUUGGUGGUUUCACAGUGCCGUGUGCUCAGCAAAGGGAGAUGUGCUGAUCAUCAUGCCAUCUUUCAUUUGUUGGGAGCUCUGGAAGGCCAAAAAUCUCUCAAUCUAUGAGGGGCUUCGUGCUGUUUUGUCGGAAUGUCCAAAUGUCCAUCUUCAGCAUUUCUCAGGUUUGUCCAUUUGUGCAGAGAUCCAACAAGGAUGUGAUCUUGGUGCAUUCGGGAUUGGUGUCACAUUUGCACACGAGGAAAACUAAAGUGCCAUGCACUAUAUUUUGGACCAAACCGAUAAAUGGAUAUGUAAAGUUGAAUAUGGAUGGAUCAUCGUUAGGAAAUCCAGGGUUUUCUGGUGGCAGUGGAGUGAUCCGGGAUAUGGUUGAUAAUGUCUUAUUCGGGUUUGCAGUAUUUAUGGGUUUGCAGUAUUUUUUGGGCAUAAGAGCAUCUCCAACGCAAGUGUAAUGUCUGACAUUACACUGGGGGUAUUACACGGCCACCCAUUGCACGCAUCACGCUAAUGAUGCGUGUAAUGGGUGACCUCCACUACAAAAUUCCCAUGUGCCUAACUCACAAUUUCUAGCCAGCAACGUUCAUUCUUUCAUUUGGCCGGCAAGUUUCAUCAGGUUUUUGCAACGGUAAAUUUGCAACUCCAACGGUCAAAUUUUAGCUUUCUAUAUAAACAUACAACACUUUUUUUUUCUUCAUAUCCCACUAUU